UGACUGCAGUAUAUCAGUAUAUCACUAAUUGACUUCUCACUUCUAUAUAGAUGAAAAUGACAAAUGAGACUUGGAUAGUGAUUAAUAAGGUACAAAUUGCAAGUUAGAAUGUUUUGAUGUGAACUGAAAUUUGAUAAUUUGAUAUGAUCUGAUAUGGUUUGAAUUGGGCUGAUCGGUAUCUUGAUCCAAAUGCUGUGAUGGGAGUGAAAGAUCCAAAAGAAAACAUCCCAGAGCUUGUUUAUAAAGCGGGUGAGUCCGGUACAGGAGCACCGACGGCGAAGUGUGAAAUCGGAGUGAGAGGGACGGCGGUGAUGGCUGCAACGGAUGGAUUGAGUGCUGAAAACGAAGAGUUUGUGUAUCGAAUCUGCACAGCCGAGGAGUGGGAGGCAUUGCAGAAAAGCGGAAGUUCCUUUGGGGGUGACCUCGACGCCACUACUCGUUAUAUACAUCUCAGCAAGCUGGACCAGAUUCGAUCAACCCUAGAGAACUUUUUCAUGAACUUAAAAAAGGAUCUAUAUUUGCUGCAAAUUGAUGCUAAGAAGCUAGGGGAGGGAUUGGUUUAUGAAGCAGUUGAUGAUUCUAGCAUAUUUCCUCAUUUUUAUGGACCAUCCCGAAGCUUUAGGCCUCUUCCACUGAAUGCAGUUGUGAGAUGUGAGAAAUUAGUUAUGGCAGAGGGAAAAUUUAGAUGCAGUUUGCUGAGCUAAGUUUGCUCACUUGUUCCUAUUAGAUGUUUUGGUUGCAUUAAACGCAACAUGAAUGUUCAUUAAUUAUUUAUGUUACUAAUAGGUAACCUAUUAUGUAUAUUUGUACUAAUUAAUAACUUUAACAGUGGUUUGAUAUUUAAUGUAAGCGGUUUGCAUUCAUUGUUUCAAUAAACCGUG